AUGGGACCCAUGGCUCGGUACCACAGCUCAGCUCGGUACCAGGCGGCCACUGAUCACUACAAUCAGCUCUCCUGUCCAGGUCAAAUGGAUCCAGCUGUCAGCACAAAGUGUCAAAACUAUCGCUUGGUAUCUGCAACAGUAUCCUCCGUGGACAAGUGUGUCGAGUGUCUGGGACUUAUAUCUUCCUACAAGUGGCUUGGCUAUGUAUGCAAAGAUGAGAUUGUGUUCAGUGACGCUGAAGCCAGUGCAAGCGAAUCUGAUGACUGCAGCACGGCAGUCACAGCAACAGAAUGUGGAACUGUGGAGCCUAUGGAUACUGACGCUACAAUCAAAGAGCAAGUUCAUGACAUGGAAGAUUUUGCAGGGUCUGUAUUGUCAGUGUCAUCUACAGUAACUGAGACUGCUCCUCCCUCUGAAGGACAAGAUGCUUGUGAAGACCAGCAUAGAAGAGUGCCAAAGAAAGUGUGGUUGAAGGCUGAGGUUGCCGCAGUAUUGCGACAUUUCAGAGAUCACAUUCAAAAAGGAAAACUGGCCACCAAAAAUGAAUGUAGUCAAUGCAAGCUGGUAGAAGGCCCUGUGCUAGCACAAAGAACAUGCAUCCAUGGUGCUGAGGAGCAGGUGUUCUGUGGAGGGGCGGAGGGAUACCUGCACCUUCACGAGACACCCGACACGUGGUACAGACGCACGUGUGACAGGUGA